AUGUCGCUGCGUGUCGGAUUGCCCGCCGAGGCUGCAGUUGUAGACGACCAGCACCGCAGACAGGAGCUCCCGAACAACAAUAAACAAAGCAGCCUCCCCCACCUACCCCCUUAG